UACAAAUUUAUCUUGUACUGUAAAUAUCUCUUAUCGCUAAUAUCCAGCCUGUGAUCCACAAUCGCCAAAUUAACCCAAGAGAAAACUCCAUUUCCCAACGCCCUCCUGUCAGUUUUUCUUUCUUAAAGAAAAUUAAUGGACCCUGACCAUCAUCUGCCUGGCAUGUCACCACCGCCAUCAACACCCAUGAGCGGCACCGACGGGAUGCACCACAAGAUGAUGAUGCACAUGACAUUCUUCUGGGGCAAGGAUGCAUUGAUCCUUUUCUCCGGCUGGCCUGGCACAAGUACAGGCAUGUAUGUGCUGGCCUUGGUGUUCAUUUUUGUGCUCGCGGUCCUGGUCGAGUGGCUCUCUCAUUGCCGAUUAGUCAAGCCAGGGUCUAACAAUGUCGCAGCUGGUCUUAUACAGGCAUUGAUGCAUGCUGUCAGGGUUGGUCUUGCCUAUAUGGUAAUGCUUGCUGUCAUGUCCUUUAACGGCGGUGUGUUUAUUGUAGCCGUGGCAGGACAUCUUGUAGGUUUUUUUAUCUUCGGGAGCAGAGUUUUCAAGGAUACAGAGAUGCCGCCGUAUCACAAGACCUCCGAUCUUACUCCAACAAGUAAUUGAUCGGAAAAAAAAUAGAAUUCUGUGUUUUCCCUUUCCUUUCUUCCUUAAAAAAAAUUGGGUUGCCAGUUUAGACUUUA